CAACCUCGGCGGGGGCACCUCCCCGGGGACCCGUUCCCAUCUGCUUCUUUCUGCUUAUGCACCCCGUGCCAGCCCUGCGGAGGCAGCAGCAGGCCCUCUGAUCUUUGGUUCCAAGGGUGAGUUCCUCCGGUAGAAUGGCUCAAUUCACCGUGUGGGACUAUGUGGUCUUUGCGGCCAUGCUGCUCAUCUCAGCUAUCAUUGGCAUCUACUAUGCCUUCGCGGGAGGCGCGCAGAAGACAUCAAAGGACUUCCUCAUGGCCGGCCGCAGCAUGAGUGCCCUCCCAGUGGCACUGUCCCUCACCGCCAGCUUCAUGUCAGCCGUCACGGUGCUGGGCACCCCUGCUGAGAUCUACCGCUAUGGUGCCAUCUUCUGUAUCUUUGCCAUCACCUAUGCCCUGGUGGUGCUGUGCAGUGCUGAGAUCUUCCUGCCUGUCUUCUACAAGCUGGGCAUUACCAGCACCUAUGAGUACUUAGAACUUCGAUUUAAUAAAUAUCUACGCCUCUGUGGAACGGUCCUUUUCAUAAUACAAACGACUUUAUACACUGGUAUUGUCAUUUAUGCUCCAGCUUUAGCACUAAAUCAAGUCACUGGCUUUGACUUGUGGGGUGCAGUGGUGGCGACUGGCGUGGUCUGCACAUUCUACUGCACACUGGGUGGUCUGAAGGCAGUGGUGUGGACAGAUGUUUUCCAGGUUGGAAUCAUGGUUGCUGGAUUUUCAUCUGUGAUUAUACGAGCUGUGGUGGUUCAGGACGGAAUUGGACGCAUUGUAAAUGAUUCCUACUACGGAGGAAGAUUAAACUUCUGGGAUUUUGAUCCCAAUCCUUUGCAAAGGCACACCUUCUGGACGAUUGUUAUAGGUGGGACUUUCACGUGGACUGGCAUAUAUGGGGUUAACCAGUCUCAAGUCCAGAGAUACAUUGCCUGCAAAAGCAGAUUCCACGCAAAAUUGUCCCUCUACAUCAACCUGGUGGGACUCUGGGCAAUCCUGGUCUGUGCCACACUGUGUGGGCUGGCCCUCUACUCCAUCUACAAAGACUGUGACCCAUGGAUGGACAACCAGGUGUCAGCACUUGACCAGCUAAUGCCAUACCUAGUGCUGGAUAUCCUGCAUGAUUUUCCAGGAGUGCCGGGGCUUUUUGUGGCUAGUGCCUACAGUGGGACAUUAAGUACUGUGUCCUCCAGCAUCAAUGCUCUGGCUGCUGUGACUGUUGAAGACCUCAUUAAGCCCUACGUCAAGUCUCUCUCUGAAAGGAAGCUGUCAUGGAUUUCCAUGGGGAUGAGCCUGUUUUAUGGUGGAGUCUGCAUUGCUAUGGCUGCAGUGGCAUCUCUUCUGGGAGCCUUGUUGCAGGCAGCUCUCAGCAUUUUUGGCAUGGUUGGUGGCCCCCUUUUAGGACUGUUUGCCUUGGGAAUCCUCUGCUCCUUUGCAAAUGGAAUCGGAGCAUUUGUGGGUCUUGUCAGUGGCUUCGUUAUUUCACUUUGGGUUGGAAUUGGAGCUCAGAUUUAUCCUCCACUUCCAGAGAGGACCAAGCCACUCUAUCUCUCAACUGCAGGCUGUAAUAUAUCUACAGGAAAUAUAACAUCAACAGAAAUUCCAUUAACAACAGUUUUCAGCACACCAGGUGCAGAAAGGCCUGUCCUAGCAGACAACUGGUAUUCCUUGUCUUAUCUCUACUUCAGCACACUUGGGACACUUGUCACAGUAGUUGUGGGAAUAAUUAUCAGCCUCCUAACAGGGGGACUAAAGCAGAACACGGAUCCUAAAUUCCUGCUGACCAAGGAAGAUUUCCUGUCCAACUUCUCACGGUCUGAAACUGAGAAACCGGAGAAAGUGGAAGUGUUGAACUGGAAACCAUUUACCGUGGCAGAGGAAGGAACUGACAACCCUGCCUUCAGCCACAUUGAAAUGGAUGUUGCAAGUGACAAGAACAAAGUCAAUGGUCUUCAUAUAUGACACAAGGCUGUGUCAGCCCACGAGGACAGUUUUGUUCCUGUAAAGCACUGUUGACAUUCCUGUCCUGGGUCAAUUACCAGCUCUGCUGGGGUCAUGGGCAGGCAUCAGCUGAGCUUUGUGGCACUAUCGCCUUUGCAUGACCUGGACAUUAGUCAGGAAAGGAAUCAGGUUUUUCUUGCACUUCUUCACUCUCUCACUCUGGUUCUUGGUGACAGAGCCUAAAGCAAUGUUUCUGUGUGAAAUAUUUGCCUGAUAUUCUUGAGCCUCCUGGAAAAUAUCUGCUUUUAAUCUCAUUUCACCCUCCAAGUGAAUUUUUUAUUUGGGAAGAGUGCUGUUCACCCAGACAUGACUGUUUUUCUGGUUUUUUUCUUUUUCUUUUUUAUUUUAAGGCAUUGAAAGUAUGAAGAGAUUAGGGUGUGGGAACUUAUCAGAUUGCAAGAAAUAGUGGAUUUUUUUUUUUGUAUGGGAGGCAUAUUUACUGCUAUCUGGUUCCUCUAUAGAACUGAUUCUGAGAGCAUAUUUAUUUUGCUGGUUUUGUCAUUUAUGUUUCUUCUAACACACUUGAUUCUUGGCUACCUGCACCUUCUCUGUGCUCACUGCUGGAAGCUGUAAGAGUGACUUUGGUGGUGGUGGUAGCUGCAAGAGUCAGUACUGUCUUUCCCUUCAUGCCCUAUCUCUUUCUUCUCCCCUGUCUUGCCUUUACAGAGCUGGUCCUCAUGAAGGAAAUAAUCUAUUUACACUUUUUAUUCAGUGCCAUAGAUCACAGUAACCUUCUACUGCAUGUCCAGCUUGCUGGCCUAGGAUUGUUCUUGCACUGGGCUGGGCACAGUGCAGCAGAGAUGUUAAUAAAGAAGAUUCCCUUUUGUCUGUACUGGACAAGGGUGAAGGCUGCAACUGCAGUUGCCACAGCAGUUCUCUCCAGGGCUAUGAGCUGAAACCUCCUUAGCCCUUUGUGUUCUUGCAAUCCUUGUUUUCACUCUGGGGAUUCAUGUUCAAGGUUGGUUCAGAUCAGACAAGUGCACACUGUGUUCUGGCAGGCGUGCAGAGCACCCUGCACAACUCGCCAGCAUGGAGAAGGGAUCACAGUGGAUGUGAUGUGGUGAAGGCUUUUCCAGGGCUGCAGAGCUUAUGGAAUGGCAUAUCCUCUGGUGGGGAUGUCAAGGUUAACAGCCCAUCCAUGUGAGACCAUGCUCUGUGCUGCUGUUUUGGGAAGGUGAAAAGACCCAUUGCUUUCUUCUCUUGUUUGCUUUUGGGUACAGUGGGGAACUCUGACCCACUGUAUAGUUUUUGUACUUCAGACUUUUACUAUGGCUAUACAAGAGUGUUUAAAACUCUUCUAAAGCAGCAAAAUGAAGUUGGAAAAUUAAAGCCAUUGCAGGAAAGCUGGGAUGUGAAGCUUAGAAGGCAGUCAUGGUUAGGUGAAAAACUGACUGCAUGCCUUAAAUGCUUUCUAAAAGUUAUACUGCAUUUGUGCCAAGUACUGAGCUGCUGCAAUUUGGAAUAGUGCUUAGUGAUUGGUGCCCUGUAGCAUCUAAAUCAAUUUUUUUCUGUGCCCUUGUGACAGAGGGCACUUAAUGAUCUACUGCAUAAGAUGAGCUGUUAGGAUCAGAAAACGAAGGUGAAAAAAUGGUCCAAGGACCAGAGCAGGAGAACAGGCCAGCCAGACACUCUGUGGAUGCCACCAAGGCCAUGACUCCAUCGGCAAACCCAGCGCAAAACUGCGUGAUGGAGGCAGGUUUCCCCCAUGCCUCCUGAAUUUUUUUACAUUAUCCACUGCAGAGUUUAGGGCCAGCCCCUUUUCUCACUCUGCUGCAGCUCCGGGUUCAGGUCAGUGGAAGGGCUAUGAUCAAGUGGGAUAGAUCCCGUGACUUACAUCUUGUGCCCCUGUAUCAAAGAUCUGAGACAAACAAUAGCAUCCUGAUUAAAGUCUUCUCAGAUUCAGGACAGAAAUAUCUCUGUUUUGGGACCGUCUGAGUUACUCUGAGACAAUUAUCCCAUUGACUGGAUCAGCUGGCUAUGCUUCUCGAGUCUCAAAAGAUAAGUGCAGCUCAUUAAACCUUGUGCCUUGCCUUCAUCACCCAGAAACAGAUAGUGUUUUCUGUGCUAUGGAAUAUUUCUUCAGCUUGGAAUAUAGUAAUUUAUACUUACCAGGUACUUUUCAGCCCAUAGAUCUGAAAGAGGGUAGGUACUGCUACCUCCACUCUGCUGCAGAGUGCUGAAGUGGACUGGUGUACCUCUGUGUGCCUGUGCUUUGUGAGUUAGAGUAAGCUGGAAGAGAACAGAAGCCUGCAGCAAGCAUUUGAUCUGUAUGCCUGCUGGUAUGGCUACAGCCCUCUCAAUCCAAAUGCUGAAUUCUCAUGUGCUUCUCCAGAGGGUGAUUGGUCACUGCUGUGUGAAACAGCAUCAGCAUGUCCUUUCUGCAUCACUCUGUGCUGAAAUUACUGUGCUGUAGUUGAUGCUGCCUUAGACUGUCUUAGAUAAUCUGUAACUUCUGCCUGUUUUGUUCAUGGACACUAAUCUUCCUGGUUAUCAUACUUUUAAAAUGUAGUUUUCUUUUCUGUGCUUUGAAUUCACUUAGUUGUUGAAAACAGAGGAAAUGCAUAAAUUAUCAUCUUACCUCCCCUUUAUUGCUGAAGUCACUAUUUAACACUGAGCAGUCAUUUAACUCAAAUGUAGGAAUGAAGUGAAAGUUUGUGCCAGGUGGUAUUUAUUGGUCCACAAUCAAAACACCAAGAUGAGUUUUUACUGGGAAGUUUAUCUUGCUGUAAGUGGUUUAGAGACAAAAACCCUUACACUUUGCAGGUGACCUCUUCAACUUUCUUGCUAUCUAACUUCCCAUGACUGCAGCAGAGCUAUAAAGUGACUCUUUUGGCUUUAUUUUUUUCUACAUUCUUCUUAAUUGACAUCAUGAAUUAAAACAGUUCUUCAAUUUUCAAUAAUAUUUUCUCUGGGAAAAUAUACUAUUCUCUGCUAGCUGAACUCUAAGCCAGCGCCUUCUUUGUCUGCAUAAAAGCAAGAUAAUUCUUGGAGUCUCCACUAUACUCCUGCAUCCUGAUCCUUCAUCUCUCCCAGCUGAAAGCUCACCUGAUAAAGAAAUGUGGGAUGCUGAAAACUUAUUCAUUUCACAGGAGUGGGAUCACUCCACAGUGUCCAAAUUACAUGCAGCAUCUGGCAGGAUUGUGAGACAAAACAAUUAGGAACCUAUUUAAGUAAAAACAUAAAAAAUCCCCAACCCUAUAACCACAACAGUAACAGUAUUUGAUUAUGUGAAUACACAAAAGAACCACAGAGAGAAAAUAGUGUUGGAUUUUUUCUCUUUUUGGUCUGCAUUUAAAUUUUACUUCCAUCUGAGUGGUCAGUUUUCUUGCUGGUAAUAAGGUAAACAGAAAGAAACUCAUCAAUGGCAAACAGUAAAUAUUUCAUAUGCAUAAUUUAUUUUUAAAGUUUAUUACAUCACAUUAUACAAGCAUUAAACAUGGCUUUAUGUUGAUGAUUUUUUUUAAGUGUGAAAACUUGACAUUCUUUUCCAUAGAAUUUUUCUAUUUACAAAUAAACAAUCUCUAUAUACUUUAUAUAUAUAUAUAUAAUAUAUAUGGUCAAUAAUGUAACUCCCCUCAGAAAGAUUUAAAAUAAAAAAGAACUGAUUUGUAAACACA